ACUCCACUACGUUCUGCGGCCCGAUGCGUCCCUAUUCAACAAACCUGUUUCGUAGCUAUCGUGUUGUAUUGUAGAAGUUGUGAGUUGUUUACGUGCCCAGCCCACAGUCGUGGAAAAAAGAGUUUUUUUCGCCGAUUUCUCAGUGUUCCGCCUAACGAUAUCCUGGCGUUACAGCUUCCUCAGUUAUAACCCAGGGAAUCUUCCACACUAAUAUCAUCCGCAUUUCGCUGAUAAUACUGGGCACGCGAUGCCGGAAGAACCUAAAUCAGGUGGCAGUGUGGCGGAGGCGUCAGCGGCUGAAAAUGGAACCAGGACAAGCUCGCCUAGCAAAAGUCCCUCGAACAAAGGAAAAACUGUCUUGGCCAGAAUAACUCUUCUUGAUGGCACUGUCAAAGAUUUCCCGAUUGAGAGAAAGGCUAGAGGCCAAGAGCUUCUUGACAAAAUAUGCCAAAGUAUGAACUUGUUGGAAAAAGAUUACUUUGGUCUGAUAUAUGCUGACCGGCACGACCCGAGGAACUGGCUGGAUCUUGACAAGAGGAUUGGUAAAUUCAUCAAAAAUGAACCGUGGAAGUUCAAUUUCGAAGUGAAAUUCUACCCGCCAGACCCCGCUCAGCUCCAAGAAGAUAUAACUCGCUAUCAGUUAUGUUUGCAAAUAAGAAACGAUAUCGUCACAGGUCGUCUGCCCUGUUCGUUUGUCACCCACGCUUUGCUGGGCUCUUACCUUGUGCAAUCCGAAGUAGGAGACUAUGACCCUGAUGAGCACAAAAGAACUUAUCUAAACGAAUUCAAAUUUGCUCCAAAUCAAACUCCCGAACUUGUUGAAAAAGUGAUGGAUCUCCACAAAACACACAAAGGUCAGACUCCGGCAGAGGCCGAACUUCAUUACCUUGAAAAUGCGAAGAAGUUAGCUAUGUACGGUGUAGAUCUCCAUCCUGCGAAGGACUCAGAAGGUGUAGACAUAAUGUUGGGUGUCUGUUCCUCUGGUCUACUCGUUCACAGGGACCGUUUGAGAAUAAACAGAUUUGCAUGGCCGAAAAUAUUGAAAAUUUCGUACAAGAGGCACAAUUUUUACAUAAAAAUUCGACCGGGAGAAUUUGAACAAUUCGAAUCUACCAUUGGCUUCAAAUUGGCCAAUCAUAGAGCUGCCAAAAAAUUGUGGAAAGUCUGCGUCGAACAUCAUACUUUCUUUAGGUUGAUGAGCCCUGAACCGACUCAAAAACUUGGACUCUUCCCACGUCUUGGAUCUCGCUUCCGUUACUCAGGAAGAACUCACUAUGAGACUAAGAAAACUCCUAUUGAAAGACAACCGCCGCAGUUUGAGAGAUCUCUUAGUGGGCGACGGCUGACAUCUCGCAGUAUGGAUGCCUUGGGUGGACCAAGGCCUGUUGAGACUUAUGGAUCGGAGCCCAGCAAGAGACAUACCAUGAUGAGCUACGAACCUGAAACGAUACCUGAUCUUGAAUAUAUUGAACAACGGCCGAGUCCUAUAAAGAAGAAAAAGGAAAAGCUAACACGAAAGACAAGUGCUGGAACCACUUCAGCCAGCAGUAACAGCAGUCUGGAAGGAGAGUACGACGCUGAAGGUGGGAAAAAGAAACCAAUUGGGGGUAUCGCGGUUCUUCCUCCUGGCGGCUUGUCCAAGAAGAAGAAGGACAAGCAGAAUGAAAAUGAGAAAGAAAACCGCAACGACUUGAAUAACUCAGACUUAAUAAACGAAAGUGCACUGCUUGACACUAGCAGCGAAAAGUCACCUACUAAAAAGGAGCCUAAAAAAAAAGAGAAGGAAACACCCGAAAAACGUGACAAGGAAAAGAAGGAAAAAAUCAAGAGUCCUGUCGGUGGUUUCCUGUUUGGCAAGAAGGACAAAGAUUCCAAGCAGAAAAAAGAUAAAAAGGGAAAAGACCUUGACGAGUCAACUGAAAAAGAUGACUCUGAAUCAAAAGAUGACAAAACAGGAUCUCCUGGCUCUCCGCAACUUCCAGGAUACACAAAACCAUACGAUUAUGUUGAAGACGAAACUUCGCCGACUAGAAAAAAUUUCAAGACACGAGGCUUUUCGUACGAAGACAAACCUUCUUCUCAGGAUCCAUCGGAUCAACAAUCACCCACGUCAGCUGGUAGAAAAGCUACUGGCCUAGCAUUCAACUAUGCUCCUGGAGAAGAGAAGAAAGUUGCUGAAACAGCUGAGAAACGAAAAACCAAAGAAACAGACGCCAACAAAACACCGGCAGGCUUACGUACACCGGGAUUGAACUAUGUGGAAUCAGCUGGACUGAAAGAACAGCAGAAAGCAGCAACUCUUUCUCCAGAUGAUGGAAAACAAGCUUCGAGUGCUUUUAUCAGCGGUGAAUUGCAGAAUCAAAGAGCUGCCGUUCAACCUGGUGUCAUAAUACCCAGUUCGGUGGAAAGCAAACCCAACUACAGGAUAUUACCUUUACCAGAUGGUUCCAAAGUUAUUGGUGGUAUAAUUUAUACAAAGGAAGGCAAAACCUUGGAUCAGAGUACACUGGGCCCAGAUGGCAGUACAAUCAUCAACGGCAAAGUUCUCGGGAAAGACGGCAAUCCGAUAAAGAAAUCCGAUUUUGGUCCCCAUGGCACACACGUUGCCAAUGGAUUAGUAACAGGCAAAGAUGGCAAGCCUCUGUACCAAGAAACAUUGGGCAUUAACGGAAAUGCUGUAAGAAAUGGAAUCAUCUAUGAGCCAAGCGGAGAGGCAGUCAAUGAUCGGGGCCUGGGACCAGGCUACACUUUAGUUAAAGACGGCAAAGUAGUGUCCAAGAACGGUAAGCCUCUCGGUUAUGAAUCUCUUGGAAAAGACGGAGAUUACAUAAAAGAUGGACUGAUAUUUAGUCGGGAUGGAAAACCGUUGACUCAAGGCUCGUUUGGCACAGAUGGCGACUACAUAGUCUCAGGUGCUGUGCAUGGAAAGGAUGGCAAACCUCUGAGUCAAAUUGCUUUGCUUCCUGACUCAACUUUCAUCAGCGAGGGCCUCUUCUACGAUCGUGACGGAAAACCGUUGAGUACUGGCCAACUGGGUCCCGAUGGACACUUAAUACGAGACGGAAAAGUUUACUCGAAAGACGGCAAGCCUGUUAAAAGCGAAUCUUUCAGCUCGGAUGGAUCGGUAAUAAAAGACGGGACAGUGCAUGGAAAAGAUGGCAACUUGCUCAGCCAAGGAUCGCUACUUCCUAAUGGCGCUCACUUGAAGGAUGGUAAAGUUGUCGGCAAAGAUGGCAAGGCUAUCAAACAUGCAUUUUACAAGCCUGAUGGCAGUUUUGUUAAAGACGGUGUAAUUUACGGACGAGACGGAAGACCAUUGAGUCAAAUUCCCUUGAUUGCCCCUGGUGCUUUUGUUAAGGAAGGGGUAAUCAACACCAAAGAAGGAAAACUUUUGAAUCAAAGCUUAUUCAAGCCUGACAACGUAGUUAUUAAGGAUGGAGUAGUACACGGUAGUGACGGAGGUGUCUUAGCCGAAGGUUUUCUGGGACCAGAUGGACUUACAAUCAAGGAUGGAAUCGUUCUUGGAAGAGAUGGCAAACCUGCCAAGAACGAAACGUUUGCGCCUAACGGAAGCUACAUCAAGAAGGGUCUAAUUUAUGCUAAGAAUGGUAAACCUCUGAAUCAGGAUUCUCUAGUUCCCGAGGGCGCAAGCAUAAAGGACGGUUUGAUUUAUAACAAGGACGGAAAGCUGAUGAAGGCAGCGUUCUUCAAGCCCGAUGGAAGUCAUAUUCGAGAUGGCCGAGUUUACGGAAAAGAUGGAAAGCCGUUGAAUCUUAGCUCAGCCCUUCCAGAUGAUAGUUUCAUCGCAAAUGGUGUGAUUUUUGAGUCUACAGGUAAACCUCUUGAUAAGGAUACCUUUGGCUCCGACGGUUCGUACGUUGCAGCUGGUUUGAUUCAUGGAAAAGACGGCAAAAUCGUCGCUGACGGUGUCUUUGGACCCGGCGGCAACAGAAUCAAGAACGGUUUGGUCGUUGACAGAGAUGGCAGGCCAGUGAACCAAGACGAUAAAGGCCCUGACAAUAUGGCCAUCAAAGACGGUAAAAUCGUUGACGCGGACGGAAAUCCCAAAAAUCAGGGCUCUCUAGUACCAGAUGGUUGUUAUAUUCAGAGUGGCGUGGUUUAUGAUAAACGCGAGAAUCCUUUGAAGGAAGGUGCAUUCAAAUGUGAUGGCAGUUACAUACGAGAUGGCUUAAUCUAUGGCUGGGGUGGACAGCUUUUGAACUCUGGUGCUGAACUCCCAGCUGGUAGUUACGUUGAGGAAGGUAGACUGUACGGCAAGGAUGGCAAACCAUUGAACCACAGUUCCUUUGGACCGGAAGGAAACUCCAUAGAGAACGGAUUCAUCUAUGGAAAGGAUAAGAAACCUCUGCAUCGUGGAACCUUUGGAAACGACGGUAGCACAAUACAAAAUGGUUUGAUAUACGGUGCCGAUGGUAAGCCUUUGAAUAAAAGACAAACAAUCAUCACCGUCACGUUAGUGCGCUACGGUUUGGUCUGUGAUAAAGACGGAAACCCCUUGGAAUCUGGGAUAUUCGAUUCUGAAGGCAGUUUCAUCAAGAAGGGAAAAAUUUAUGAUUCUAAUGGACAUCCUCUCAAUCAAAGUGUAUAUGGAUCAGAUGGUAGCUUCAUUAAAGAUGGUUUAAUUUAUGGCAAGAAUGGUAAACCUUUAGAAAAGGGGCCACUUAUUGCAGAGACGAGUUUCAUCAAGAGCGGAAGAGUAUACGCCGCUACUGGACAGCCGCUCACACAAGAAGCAUUUGGUCCGGAAGGCUUAAAAGUUAUUGACGGAGUAGUAGUUGAUAAGGCUGGUACUCCGAUAAAGAACAUUCAAUUUGACGCAGAGGGCAACCUGGUUAAAGAUGGACUUAUCUACGCGCCAACUGGGAAGCCGUUGGACAAAAAAUAUACCGUUAUCUCUAUUACUUUGGUACGCAAGGGUCUUGUUUGUGACAAAGAUGGUAAACCUGUAUUGCAAGCACCAUUUGGAACAGAUGGCAGCUUCAUCAAAGAUGGUAAAAUUUACGACAAAAGUGGUAAGCCAUUGAACCAAGAGAUAUUUGGAAACGAUGGUGGUUUCAUCAAAGAUGGACUGAUUUACGCUAGCAAUGGUCAAGUUAUGGAUCAGGACCCAAUUUCUGACGAAACCUCGUACAUUGAAGACGGUAAAAUAUUCGGAUCUAACGGACUUCUGUUGAACCAAGAAAAGUAUGGACCGGAAAGUUACAGAGUAGUCGAUGGGAUUGUGGUAGAUAAAAAUUUCCAGCCACUAAAGCAAGGUACAUUUGGAUCCGAUGCGGUAAUCAAGGAUGGAAAAGUUUACGGCAGCGACGGAAAGCCUCUGUUUAAGAAAUUCACCGUUAUUACGAUCACCGUUGUUAAGCGAGGCUUAGUCUGCGACAAGAAUGGUAAACCGCUUGUUCAUGGACCUUUUGGCACGGACGGCAGUUAUGUUAAAGAUGGUAAAAUAUAUGACAAGGCAGGCAAGCCUUUGAGUCAGUCUUCAUUCGGAAGCGAUGGUAGCUACAUCAAAAACGGAGUUAUCUGUUCCAAGGAUGGAAAACCUUUAGAUCAGGAUGUUGGUGCGGACGAAGAUCAGCAUACGUAUAUAGACGAUGGUAAAAUCUAUAAUAUCAGUGGCAAGGCGCUUACAACUGACUCAUAUGGUCCGUACGGCUUCAAGGUAGUCGAUGGUGUGAUUUAUGGAAGAGAUGGGAAACCGUUGGCAUCUGGGACCUUUGAUAAUGAUGGCAACACAAUAAAAGGAGGAAAAAUCUUUGCAAAAGAUGGUAAACCACUCACUAAAGAGUCGAGGAUCGUCACUAUCACAUUUGUGAAACGUGGACUCGUUUGUAACAAGGAUGGAAAGGUUUUGAAGGAUAGUCCUUUCGAUAACGACGGAAACGUUGUCAAGGAUGGAAAGGUUUACGGCACAGAUGGCAAACCUUUGACUGCUCGAUACUACGGUCCUGACAGUAUUUUCAUAAGGGAAGGAGUAAUUUUCAGCGAAAAUGGAAAGCCGUUGAAUGAUCGGGAAACUGGACCAGAGGGUAGCUAUGUUCGCGAAGGCAUAGUAUAUGCAAAGAAUGGAAAGCCGCUGACGCAAAAUCCAUUUGGUCCAGAAGGUUGUAAAGUUGUUGCUGGUGUAAUUUAUGGAAAGAACGGUAAACCCCUUGAUGGAACGUUGUUUGUCAAUGACGGAAGCUAUGUCAAGGAUGGUUUAAUUCACUCCAGUGAUGGCAAGUUGGAUAGUAAAGAUAAUCUAACGUUUAUGUACAAAACCGUCCUUGUUACGAUCGAACCGAAUGCUCAGUCAGAAGAAAAUAUUGCGAAUUUGGUCAGUGCAGUUAAUCAAGGCUUUUAUGACGAUCCACGGUAUAAGAAAUUCAGUGGAAUGAGCUCUUUCGGUAAAGACGCCAAGAUCUACCCAACAUCAGGCGGAGCGUAUGAAAGUGGCUCUGGAGAUGACAGCGAUGAUGAUUUGGAUCAGUACGGAGAGGGAAAAGGUGACGUUAUUAGGGAGUUGCGUGGUGCUGCCAAGAUCAAUAUUCCCGCUUUAAAGAAGACCUCAAUUCCGACCACACCAACAAUUGUUAAAACUACAACUAAACAAUCGGCUGUCAAAGAUCAUGAAGGGGUGACACAGAACAUUGAAGAAAAAGUAGAGGACCUUACGCCAGGAGGUACCGGCCAAGUCACUGUAUCUACACAUGUGAACAAGGCUGAAGCAGCUGACGAUGGUAGAUCACCGUACAUGACAGCAACCGCUGUUACGACCCGUACAGCAACGAUGCACGAAGACUUGGAAAAGAACCAGAAAACGAGCCAGGUGGAAGAAAAAACGGUAGCUCAUACAACUGCUACUAGUGCAACAUGGCAGGAACAGCGUGUUGUCACACAGGAAGUCAGAACAACAAGUCAUGUACUUUCCGGCGAACAGCUGAGCUCACGUCGUCAUAGUACCUCCAGUUCGAGCAGCGGUGAUUCCGGUACACCGAUCGAUUUCGAAGAUGACCAACAAGCGAUCUACAAUCAGUAUUAUCAGGGAGAUCAAGCUGGCAUAGUAGCAACGGAAACGCACGUUUACACAGGGGAACCCGAUAACAAUGUAACAACGACAACAACGGUACCACUGGUUGCAACUGAGUCACGAAAAGUAGCUUUGGAAAGCGAAGAUGGCAAUUAUAGCGCGACCGGUGAAAUUGUCAGCUCUCAAACAAUAUCUAGCAAGACUCGUACCGUGGAAACAAUUACGUAUAAGACGGAAAAAGACGGUGUUGUUGAGACUCGAGUGGAACAGAAAAUUACAAUACAAUCAGACGGGGAUCCUAUCGAUCACGACAAGGCUCUGGCGGAAGCUAUUCAGGAAGCUACAGAUAUGAAUCCUGACAUGACAGUUGAAAAGAUUGAAAUUCAACAGCAGACUGCACAGUAACCGCGUUGAGUAAGCACUAGGCAUAACUGUAGAGUGCCCUGACCAUAUUGUUCAAAUUUGAUCAUAUUUUAGGUACAAAUGUUGAUGAAGUAAUGUUACUAAUUGUUUGUAAAAUAUUGAUAUAAAUUUGAAAAUUCCGAAGCAUUUUAAUGAAUCAAGUUGGAAUGUGAUUUCCAUGCAUAGUUGAUCGAUAGCGACCAAGCAGCUACUUAUUUAUGUAUAUAAAUUAUAUGCAACUUUAUACCAUGACGCCUUUGAGGAAGAAGAAAACUUUGUGUUUGAGACUUGAAAAAGAUCAUUUGUCAACGAUGCCGAUAAUUUUACAAAUUAUACUUUAGAGUAUAGAAAGAAUGUAGAGUAUCGUGUAAAAGAAACAUCAUUAUUACAUUUCCACUUGAAGACUAUUAACAAUUAGGCAUGAUUACUUUGAAUUCGAUAACGAACGUCGUACAAAAGUUAUUUAGUAAAAAUGGCCCUUCGAUUUUACCGAAAUGACUUCGUGUUCUGAGCCACCGCCUAAGAUGGUUCCCUUCCUCAAUGCGAAUAGUAACUUUCAUCAAAUAAUCCCGGUACAACUGUGUAUUAUGAUGUCAACAUAAAAUAUGUGAUUACAAAAACAAGUAUCUUUAUCGACUAACGUUAUUAUGCUUGGUUGCGAUAUGGAAUUAGUUAUACAUUGGAACGAUGUUCACUAGGAAGUUUUUAAGAUAAUAUUUUAAAAAUGAAAAAAAAAAAUAUAAAAGUUUGAAUAAAUUAGAAAGAGAAAAAAGAAAGCUCCAAUAUACAUGUGAAUUUGACCAUACUCGAGAUGAUAAAAUAUACAUACCGAGUCUAAUAUCUUAUUAAUAUACUUAUUAAUAUAAAUAAAUGGUAAGACUUGUGGGCAAAGGGUACUCUACAGUUUGUAGUAAGGUAAUCAAAAUAUUGGGCUAAACAAACGAAAACAAUAAAAGUGUAAGGAGAUAUAUUGACGAAAGUAACAGAUAUCCAAAUCAAGCAUCCGAAUGACAUGUUUUUAUUAUGUCUUCCAAGUACUAUAAAACGUUCAACGUGAUUCCAGAAAUUGGUUAAUCUAAUAAAUACUUCACCCGCACUCAUUGCAUUGAGAUAUCUUAGUUCCAAGCUCACUGAAAAAUCUGGAAUUUAUUGUAUUCGUUUGUAGAACUUGAUACACCCGUGGAAUAUUUCAAAUUGAAAUAUUAAAAAGGCAUGACUAAGCAUAAAUCGUAUCUAGCGGCAGAGAAGCCUCUUAUCUGUAGUUAACAGCGCAUUAAUGUAUUACCGUAGGCAUAAAAACUGCAUUUCACCGAAUCUUACGGCACUUCAUAGUUUUCACGUAAAUCCAUGCCCUGUGAGAUGAGAAGGUCUUUUCCACCAACAUUUUGUUGUCCGUAUGAAUUUUUACCAUUUCAACUUAGAUAAUAUAUUGUAUAACAUUUACACGUUUUUCGAAACAUGCUGUUAUUGUCAUCAUUUUCAUCAUUACCUUUAUCACACCAACGUUUUGUUUUUCUUAUCAAACACUGAAUUGACCGAACGAAUGUGAAUUAUCGUUCGGUGCAAAGAUAAAAUCAAUCAAGUUUCGAUUGAGUGUAAUGUGUCGUAAUUUGUGUAAAGAAUACUGUGAGAUACUGCUGCACAUGAAUUUGCUAAAUGCACAUUUACCUAAGCUUAGUGAGAUAAAUCAACUAUGUUAUUCAUUUUAACAUCAUGAAUAUGGUCGUUCAUUUUUUUUCACUUCAUCCACGAAUGGUUCGUACAUAUAUUAUUUCGCACCGCCUGUAAGUAAUAAUAAUUAUUAUUAUUCUUACACGUUCUACUACAAGACUUUCUUAAUAUAUAGUUAAUGUGACGUAUAAACCGGUUAGAAUAACAAGACGAAUAUAAAAUACUACGAAGUGAGAGGUUUCUUGCUUAAAAAAAGAGAAAAAAAAAGAAAAUCAUUAAAAAAAAAUUCAAAUAUAUAUAUAUAAAUAUAUAUAUAUUAAUAUAUAAAAUACCUAUGUAUUAUUAAUUAGUAUAGCUUAAAUCUUCAAAAUCAUCACGUUUUUUUUCUUGUACUAUAAAAAACACGACGAAGUAUGUUUUGAUAAAUUGAAACAUAAGAAUUACGAUAAUAAAUAAAUGUAAGUACAACUGCGAAACUAUAAAAAUCCAUGGUAUUGGAUAAGAUGAACGGGUGAUGAGGUUCUCUUGCUUUUUUGCUUUUUUAUUAACAUUUCUUUUGAAACGUGUAAAUUUUGUUGAUCUAAGUACAACAUUAAUUAUUAUUAUUAUAAUAGAAUAAUAAAUUAUAAAUAUACAUAAAUAACAUACCAAUAGCAUUGAUUAUGCUUUGGUCAGCGUAUAUGUCUAAACUUAUCUGUAGUUUGUAUACUCGUAUGAGAAUAACGAUUUACAAUUUUUUAUUUAAUUACAUUAUUUACCUGACUAUAUACAAUUAUAAGUUCAUUGUUUGUUUCUGUUCUUCUUUAUAAUUGUGCAGUUAAUAUAAUAAUUUCCCGGGUACAUACCUAUUUAUAAACUAUUAUAAGAUUAUAUGUUGCACGUAACAUCUCAGUCGUCUAUUUGCGACGAAACGGAAUGUAAAGCAUACGAACCAAAACGAGUUAUAAAUCAUCCUGAUUAGGAGACAGGUAUAUCAUAUGUGUCAAAAUGUGUUUUCAUUAUUUUAUCAUUACAAACUGCAUUUCCGUAACUGCGAUAUGAAUUUAAAUUUGUGUCAAGUUUUCAAUAAGAGUAUUGCUUAUUACAAAUGACUGUGCGUUACAUUUAAAUUUCCUUAUAAAUUUACAUUUACAAAAUAUACAUUUCUAGUAUCCGUACGUUUGAUGUAAUUAAUUAUUUUUUAAACUUCGCAUACAUACACACACCAUAUGUAUACAUAUUAUUUUUUUAUGAUCAAUUAUUUAAUGCAUGGUGCAUAGGAUUUGUGCUUUUUUUAUAUACGAAUGAUUAAUUAUUGUCGUAUUAAACAAAAUAUCUGUUAAUUUUAUUCAUUUUUAUAUUGUUUUCAUUUAUUUCAUAUUUGUCAUUCUUACCCAGCAUACAUAAGGACAUAACACACGAUACAUACGUAUCUAAUCAAUUUUCGAUGGUCAAUGAUUAUGACAUAUUCUAUCUGAAUAUCCUUUUAUUUCACAAUUUAUAUAUCCACGCGGCUACAAACGAUCGAUUCUUCUUCUUUUUCCCGUAAACUUUCAUUUGGUCUGGUUAUCUCGCACAAUUUGCCUUAGAACGAGGUUGCUGAAAUUCUUGAUUGCCUUCUACAAUGCAUCCGGUGGAUCAAUAAAUAAUUAUUGCUGUCGUGCGUACGUGGAAGUAAUCUGUUCAAAAAAUAAUCGUUAACAUUCCGUUUUACAGCGCUGACAGUAAAUUACAUUUACACGCACUGUUCAAUAUUGCCAAAUCAAAAUUUGUCCAUGAUGAUAAUAUAACAAUUCAAAAAAAUUAUUUUAGUCGGAAGCCAAUAUAUUUUAUUUAUGAUGUUUCGAAAUAUUUUUGAAUUACUUACUCAAGUUCGAGUAUUUUUUUAACUUCGAAUUGAUACUUGGAAAAAAUAUCUCCCAUGUCAAUAUAUUCCAUUUUACAUCUGUCACUUUUACUUAUCAUGGAAUGACCAUUUAUUUAUACUAUAGCUGGGUGAAAUUGCUAGAUACUCAUUACCUGCCAUGAUUUAUUUGCGCUAUUGUAGUCCACAAAUUACUAUGUAUAUUUUGCUCUUCAUUGUUAGUCAAAAAUAUACUUAGCAAAACUCGUUUUACA